ACCUCUUAUCCCAUGAACACAAACAACCACACGGCUUUGUGGCCGGAAGCGCGUUCGACUUCUAAACACGCCGUGGACGGACGGCUGUUCUGCUGCGUGCGUGUGUGCUCUCUGGAAGAGGGUGCGUCGAAGAUCUUUGAAACAUGGCUCCAACUCGUUGGGGAAUCGUGGCCGCCGGUCGUAUCUGCCACGACUUCGUCGACUGCCUCAACAAUUUGCCAAAGGAUGAGCACCAGAUCGUGGCUGUUGCUGGAAGAAACUUGGACAAUGCCAAGAAGUUCGCUGAGCUACAUCGAAUCAGGAAAGUGUAUUCUAAUUACGAGGAUAUCGCAAGAGACCCGGAUGUUGAGGUGGCGUACGUCGGCUCCCUUCACCCUGACCACUACCCGACGAUGAAGGUCCUUCUGGAAAACGGCAAGCACAUUCUCUGCGAGAAGCCCCUCACCAUGAACCGCCGGGACACCGAAGAGAUCUGCCGGAUGGCCAAGGAGAAGAAACUGUUCCUCAUGGAGGCCUUAUGGAGCCGCUACCUGCCUACUUACAAGCACUUGGAGGAACUCCUCAAGAACGGCACCAUAGGAGAAGUGCGCUAUGUGCAUUCAACGUUCGGGUAUCCGAUGGACAGUCUGAACCGUGUGUUCGUCAAAGAGCUCGGAGGAUCGGUGCUGCUCACGUUGGGAAACUACUGCGCCAGCAUCAUCUUCCAGGUCUUUGGUGCUGAGCGGCCUGUCAAGAUCAGCGCGUGCGGAGAUCUAACGCCCCAAGGCACCGACACAGCCGUCGCCGUUGCAGUAGAAUUUAGCGGAGGUCGGCUUGCAACGUUUGCCUUGUCGAGCGUUGUCAAGUUGCCCGGAGUAGCAGAGAUCAUUGGCAGAAAAGGCAAGAUCACCCUCCAUCCGCCGUUCCAUGCGCCGACUUGCGUCGAGUCGCCUGCGGGAAAAUUCGAGAUCCAACUUCCACCAACUUCCGUGCCCCACAACUUCCCCAACACAAGUGGCUUGCGGUACGAAGCGGAGGAAGUGAGGAGAUGUUUGCGUGAAGGUCUUCUCGAAAGCCCAAGCAUGACACACCAUGACUCGUUGCUCAUCGCGGAAAUGCUGGACGAAAUAUUGAAACAGAUCGGCGUUGAAUUUUAAGAGUGUGCCAUUAUACAAAGGGAA